AUGAGCGAGGCAGCGCCUUUUUGUGUGGCUCCGCAGACGUGGCAGGGCGGCCUCGCUCGCUACCCUGUUAGUCAGUCGCAUGUCUGGAACAACAACAUAAUUCUUCAGCCGGAAGACAUUGAUGUGGACGUGUUCAAUGCGAUGUGCCAAGUGGAGAAUCAAUACAACAAGAACGAAAUCAGCGACGAGGACUUCGAGACGCUGCAGCUGACGUUCUGCCUCUUUACGGUGAACCAGUCAUGCUACGACUUGAUCCCGAACGGGCGUGAAAUCCGUGUUACGCAGACGAACGCCUUCGAGUUCUUCCAGCGUGUUCACGCUGCCUACGAUAAUCUGAGGCAGAGGCCGCCUUUGAACCAGCCAACCCAGUCGAACCCUCGUCCACGACUCCGCGCAUCAGGGGCGCGGUUGCGCCUCACCGGUCAAGACACAGACAGCCUCGAGUGGCUUCGGUGGACUGCGCAGAACGACCCGGCUGCGCUUGCCUUUCAUCCAGACGAACCGCUACGCUGGGCAGUCGUACCGCGCGGUCGCGACUUUAUGAUUCGCGUGCAGCCAGAGGGAGAGAACACGUUCGUCGACCCGGACCACCUCACGCUCUUUCUCGACAUGCUGGCCAUCUUGCUGACCGAGAUUGAGCGCGCCAUCUCCGUGUUCGGCUACUACCCGCCAAACUGCGUUUCAGCCGCCCCCGUCGAGUGCGCGGACGAGCACUCUAUCUACACCUCACACUCAACUCGCUCGGCUCGCUUACCCUUUCCGUCGCAGCGCAUCAACAGCCGCGGGCGCUCGGCAUUGCACAAGCUCGCGAUGUCAGUCACCGCAGCAGCAGUAGCCACAGAGCAGAAUCACAGGACCGUACGCCGUGCCUUAUCAGCAGACCUAGAGAAUCAGCGUGCGCUCUUCUCCCCCACGCACGACACCGGCGGUCUGCUAGCGCCUUUCCAAGAGUGGAAUGUGUAG